CGCUCACGCCAGCCUUGUCCAGAGAACGUGCGCACAAAACAAACUUUUUUUUUUGGGGGCUGUGUGGACUAGUAGCGCGAGCUCCAGCUGCCGUUUCGUCACGUUUGGAAGCCUAAUUUUUUUUUCCCUCCUGCAUUUUUUUCCCCUUCCUCCCCAAUUUAUUGUCCCCAUUAAUUUCACUUGUUUUCCACAUAGACACGCAGUCACUUCUGGAAGUCCACACUCUUCCUUCUCCGACCUGAAACACCCGAUCCCUUUUCAUGUUCAGGACCUCGAUCCAGCCCUGACUAUCAGCCUGCAAAGCCCCAUCACCCAGUGAGCAACACAGACCGCCUUUUAACUGGCCUGACCAGACACACACACGGGCAGCCAUGUUGAUCAUCCUAGCUUUAAUCCUCCUCUUCCACGUGACUGCAAUCAUCCUCCUCUUUGUGGCAACCAUUAACAAUGCCUGGUGGGUGGUGUCGUCGGCGGGACGCGAGGUGAUCUACGCCGACCUGUGGUACUCCUGCAACUCCACCUGCUACCCUGUGGAGAACAGCCACACUGCGGCUGCAGCCUAUCUGCAGACCGUCCAGGCUACUAUGAUUCUGGCCAUCAUUUUAUGUUGUGUCAGCCUCUUCAUCUUCAUCCUUCAGCUCUUCAAGCUCGAACAGGGAGAUCGAUUUAUUUUCACUGCUGUUAUCGAGCUGCUGGCCUCUCUAUGCGUGAUGAUCGCGGCGUCCAUCUACUCGGCUCAGAACAAGAGCUUCCACGUGCCGAGUCUCCAGCAGGGCUCCUACGGCUCCUCCUACGUCCUGGCCUGGAUCAGCUUCCCCAUGACUCUCAUCAGCGGCGUCAUGUACCUGGUGCUCAGGAAGCGCAAAUAGAUGCGAUGGGCUUCACGCACCGAGAUCCCCAACAAAACAGGAGCACUUGGACACACGCAUUAACAAAAUAAAAAAGAUAUACACUUGUCCCCAACAAACAUGCAUGCCCACAUUCUCUCUGAAACCGUUUUAGAUGUUAUAAUUACGCAUGAGAAAAUGACGCAUUCACAUUUGUUUUAUGUCCAGGCAACCCACCAAUUAAGCAUUCAGCAACACGCAUUUCAAAACCAUGAAAUAGUUGUCCACCUUUCUCCCUCCUGAUGGUAUAUUGUUCUCACUGAACGUGGCGGCGUGCUCCUUUUGACGGGCUUUACUAAAUGCUGUUUUUCACCCCAGAUAAGUGCCUCAGAAACACUGCUGACAGUCGACUGGGUAGACCCACUGUGGGUCGGGUGCUCUUCGACGGCCACUAGACCACGUUUGAGUUGAGGAAUGCGCCGAGAUUUUCCAAAUUUGAUCUGUAUUUCAAGUGAUCUGAGUUUUUCUUUUUCUUUUUUCAGCUCGGUCCACUUUGCUGUUCCAACAUGCUAACAUGUCUCCUCCGCACGUUUCAUUGUGUCCUGCUUCCUACCAACUCCAUUCACAGGAGCCUGUAUGAAAUAUGUGAUCGCAGCGGAUAGAAGCUGAAGACGUGUGUGUGUGUGUGUGUGUGUGUGUGUGUGUGUGUCGGGGGGUUGUCUUGCCAAAGGGGCCAUAUUUCUUUGUGAAUCUACAGUCAAACGGAAUUCUUUGUACAUAUUUGCUGUGUAUGUAUGUAUGUAUAGGUCAGGUAAUUGCCAAAAUUGCUUAUUUCUAAGACUGAAAUACUAAAACUAUAUACAUAUUAAAAAAAGAAUAGCAAAUGUUCUGUUCACCAUAGCAAAGUGUAGCGAGGCGCUAGUUGAGGUUUAAUGUAGGAUUUUCAUUUGUUUGCAUUCUUCCGUUUCUGACUUGUGUUUUAUUGGUGGAAAAAAAUGAACCGAUGAUGUGCUGUGAUAUUUCAAAUGACAACCUGACAACGUGGAAACUUGAAAUAUGAAUGACAUUUGUUUUUGUUAUGUUUUUGUUGUUUGCAUCUUCACUGAGGGGAAAAAGACAAGCUAUUUAUCGUUUAAAAACCACUGUUGUGUAUUUUAGCCUCCGGUGACUGAGGAAGUAACGGAGUCUCUGGCGGCUCUUCUGUUUAUUUGGUCCUUUGCUGAAACAUCUGGAACACCUUGUGCACAUGUCUGGCAUUUCACAACAAUAAAUGUGUUACUGUACA